CUUUGUUACACCUUUGGGGUAGGUUGUUUAAUGAAUCUUUUGUAUGGGGUAUGUUGUUUAAUGAGUCUUCUGUAUGUGGAAGGUUGUUUAAUGAAUCUUCUGUAUGGGGAAGGUUGUUUAAUGAAUCUUCUGUACAGGGAAGGUUGUUUAAUGAAUCUUCUGUAUGGGGAAGGUUGUUUAACAAAUCUUUUGUAUGGGGAAGGUUGUUUAAUGAAUCUUUUGUAUGGAGAAGGUUGUUUAAUGAAUCUUUUGUUUGGGGAAGGUUGUUUAUUGAAUCUUCUGUAUGAGGAAGGUUGUUUAAUGAAUUGUUUGUAUGGGGAAGGUUGUUUAAUGAAUCUUUUGUAUGGGAAGGUUGUUUAAUGAAUCUUUUGUAUGGGGAAGGUUGUUUAAUGAAUCUUUGUAUGGAGUACGUUGUCUAAUGCAUUGUUUGUAAAGAGAAGGUUGUUUAAUGAAUCUUUUGUAUGGAGAAGGUUGUCUAAUGAUCCUCUUGUUGUAGGAUAGGUUGACUAAUGACUACAUCUUUUGAAAGACCUUUUGUAUAGGGUACUUUCACCAACUAAUCUAUCUCUUGUUGCUAACUUAUCUUAGGCCUAUGUGUAACAUGAAAUAAUUUCAAGAGUUUGUUGUGUGGAUAAUUUAAAUAAUAUAAACAAAUCCCUUUGAAUGUGAAUAUGCAAUUUUUAUAGGAAUGCUGAAGUGGAGAUAUAUCUUAAAUGCAUCAUUAAUUUGUACGAUUUGUCUCCCGUUAUAGUAUUCUAGUUCCCAUUCCUCUUGUAGGAACACGAGCGACGGCUGCAUGAAGACUGUUGCCAUUCAGAAUCAUUGAUACAUCAAGCUUUAUCACGUGUCGACAUGUACGCUGAUAUAAAUAGACAAAAACCUGGAUUCUUUGAUGUCACUUUUGUCAAUGAUGAUAUUGAAGUACUGUACCGUGAGUUAAAAAUGCUGGUCCUGGAUUAUCUUGGAUUUUCUCCGACAACUACGACAAAUUCUUAUUACGUUGGUACUGCAGAAAUUUUGUGCAGCACGGCAACUUCCGAAAACUACUCGAACGAUUCCGAAGACAGCACUGUGACGACAUCUUCUCGAGCAUGGUCACGACCAAAAUCCAACAUUUCCACGAACUUUGUGAGGAGUAACAUAAGUUUUCAAAGUUCUGAGGUUUCAUCGUUAGAGCUAGCUUCACUUAAAAGACGUCGCGCCUUGGCAAAGGCUGCUUUAGUCGGGAUACCAUACAUCUCUAAGGAACAUCUCUCUAACAAUGGGCAAGUCAACGAGCUCAGCGAAAGAAUGAAUAGCAAAAUUUCAUCGUUACUUCAUUUUCAACGUUCCUUCUCUGCUCCUGUAGAUCAAAGUAACGUUUCAUUGCUUAUGAACACAAGUAAUACCCAGAACACACUUCAUUUCGACGAUCACAUAAGAUUUGAGGUCGACUCUGAUGCAGAAUCCAAAAGCUUUGGCAUUUCAACCUCAGUCGGAACUUUUUCUCCUGUUUUUCAUCGACCAGAUGACGAUGAUUUAGGAGAAAGUUAUAAACUAGAAAGUUCUUUGGAGACUAGCUCAGGUCAAGGUCGCGAAGAGAACAUGGUAUAGUGAAAACGUUUGUAUAUGGUUAUAAAUGUUUAUUUGUUAAGUUUUUAUCGUCGAUAUUACAGUUAUAUAAUUCUAAAAUUACAUUAAAGGAGUAAAACACCGUUAAA